GGGAAAAGCGACGUGAGCUCUGUUUGACGCCAUGAAAAUGGUGGAAGAAGGACAAAAACAGCCUCAAAUUUCCCGAGAACGGAUAAAGCUUGAAGAAAUCGUUGAAGAAGAGGGAGAAGAUCGAAUCAGUGCGUUGCAAGAUUGCUUACUUCUUGAAAUCCUAUCUCUUUUACCCUCCACCAAAGACGCAAUUAGAACAGGUACACUCUCCAAGCGAUGGAAACAUCUUUGGAUGUCGACACCUACUCUCAUUUUCAAGCUUUCAGAUGAUCGCCUAACCCAAUAUCGCCAAAUCCCUACCUCAAGAUCCAAUUUCGUUUCAUUCGUUGACAAAACCCUAACUCAACGUCGCCAACUAAAGCUCAAUAAAUUCGCUGUGUGUAUAUACUACGACAUUGAAAUCGAGUCGCAAGUCAAAAACUGGAUUCGUUAUGCUAUGAGCUGUAACGUUGAACAGCUUAUAUUGGAGUUAUGUGUUAUCGGUUUGGAAGCUAAGUUUCAGUUAGAUCAAAAUUUUUUCUUCAGUUCGAAUGUUACUCAUCUGAGAUUAUCAGGCUGCGUGUUGAAUCCAUCUGGGGCGAUUAGUUGGAAGAAUCUUCGGAGUUUGCGUAUUAGUAAUGAGAAAUUAGAUGAAGAUUUGAUCGAAAACAUGUUAUCAGGUAGUCCUGAAUUGGAAACUUUGGUAUUGAAGGGUUGCUAUGGUUAUAAUCGGGUUGAUGUCACUUCAAAGAGCGUUAAGAAGUUAGUGUUCUCUGGAUACUUUGAUCCUGAGGAUGGAUCUGAUUAUGCUUUGGAUAUUAUUGAAAUCAAUGCUCCUGAUAUUCAAUCACUAACAAUCCAAGGAAAUCUGUGGUUGUUGAAGGUUUUGUUGGGAAAUGUGUCCUCCUUAGUCGAAGCUAACUUAGAUUACAAUUAUAAAAAACUCGGACAUUGGGAGACAACACCUGAAGUAGCAGAAGAAGAGAUGCUUAAAGGACUCAUACUAAAACUUGGCCAUGUUAAGGAGCUUAAAAUUGGGGUUUUAUGUUGUGAGGCUCUUUCUCGUUUGAAAGCUAAAGGUUUCAUUAUUCCAUCAAAUGCAAAGUGGUGUGGAAGCAAUUGUUUUCGUUCUGUUUUGUAAAAUAGACAAAACCCUAACUCUGUCGCUAAUCGAAGCUCAAGCAAUUCGCAUUGAUUACUGAUUAUGAUAUUUGAUUUGAAUGGCAAUUCAAGAAUUGGAUUUUGUUAUGCUAUAAGCUGUGAUGUUGGACUUGGGUGGAUUAUAUAUAAUGUAUCUUUUGUAACAUUUGAUUAUCAAGUUGUUUAGCAAGGUUUUAAAGAAGCAUUUGAGAGUGCU